AUGAAGCUACCUAUAAAGUGGCUAGCACCAGAAACCAUCACCACAUUCACUUUCUCGCUAAAGACAGAUGUGUUCAGUUUUGGAGUGUUGGUGUACGAAAUCUUUGCAGACGGCGCCGAACCGUGGGAUGGGCAAACUAAUGCUGAAGUCAAAGUGGCGGUAAUUGAAGGCAAAUGCGUGACCUUUCCUAAAAGUACGCCGGAUCGGUUAAGGAAAUACUUUGUCGAACGGGUAUUUGCAAAAAAUCCAGCAAACAGGGCUACGAUGACGGAAGUUGUGAAAUUGCUCCAAUCGUGCGGUGCUUCCGCAGGUGCACCCACGUCUCAAAUGUCCGAAGUGAAGGUCGCCUAG